GCGUGUCGUCCCCGUCAGUCGUUUCGCGUCCUCCUCACCGGGAGUCGAAACGAGUACGAGUCGAAGCAAGGAAAAGCGCGGCAGUCGCGUGUCGGCCAGCGGACCGAUCGGUGUGUGGAGAUCCGGACGCGCGCGCGCGUAUCCGAUUUCGUGAAUGCGGAGAACCCAGAGUGAUCGACAGACUGAUGAUCGAUGACUGAGAAAUUCCGCGGAAACGGCCGCCGCACGCGCACAUCCACGCCACCCGCAGCCACGUGCGACCCGCGACCCGAUCGCGGUGAGAUCGCGCUCUUGUAAGGCCCACGCACCACAGGGGGUCGAUCGGCUUAUUGACUCGUCGACGGUCGAUGGGAUCACUCGUUCGCGAGAAGGAAAUUUCUGAAAAAAAUUCGGAGGAUGAUAUUUGUAGCCGGACAUCGGCAGUCUGGGAAUUGGGACUGAUAAAACUGAUAACGCGCGGAUAAUCUUGGUGACCGUCCGAUUGAGUGAUCCGACGAACGGACUUUAUGAGUGACCAAGGUCACCGCAGUUUGGUAGCCGCGAUUCCGCCGAAAGACGCGAGCGGCCGGUGACAAUGCGGUCCUCGUGAUCAUCAUCAUCAUCAUCCCUCCAUGGAUCGCACGUGACCGGGCGCGCGCUCACUGGGACCGAUUGUCUGAUCGUCGUCGAGAAGAAUCCCGCAGAGGGUAGCGGACCAAGGUCCGAUCAAGGCUCGAUCGAGACCCGAGAAGGGUCAGGUGCGACAGGAUGCUGAAAGAGAACAUGUGGCGACAGAGGCGAGUGCCCGUUCCCAAGAGAACGAUCGAGCUGAUCGCCUUGAUAGCGAUCUCCAGUUCGCUCUUUCUCUUCCUACACACGAGGGACCUGCAUUCGCGUCUGAAGAAGAUGGAAGUGCGUCUUCAGCCCGGAGAAGACGACGCGCUCUCGGCGAAUCAGCUUUCGUUUGAAGGUGUUCAGACGGACUCCAAUCCGAGCGGCAUCGUCCAUUACUCGAACCUGCAGCGUGCUAUUACGGAGAAGUAUGAGGAGGUGCUUGAUAUCGACGCCCUGAACAACACGAGGAGGGCCGAUCGGGAGGUGCUGUUCUUCAAUCGCGUGCCGAAGGUCGGCUCGCAGACGUUCAUGGAGCUGCUGCGGAGGCUGUCGAUAAGGAACGCGUUUUCGUUCAACAGGGACCGUGUGCAGCGCGUGGAGACGAUACGUCUCGCACCGAUCGAACAGCUGCACCUCGCCAGGAUGGUCAGCAGCUACUCGGAGCCGUCCGUCUACGUGAAGCACGUCUGCUUCACCAAUUUCACAGAGUUCCACCUGCCAGAGCCUAUCUACAUCAACAUCGUCCGCGAUCCCAUCGAGAGAGUCAUAUCCUGGUACUACUACGUGCGAGCGCCCUGGUACUACGUGGAAAGGAAACAGAUCUUCCCGGAUCUGCCACUGCCCGAUCCCAACUGGCUUAAGAAAGACUUUGAAUCGUGCGUUCUCAAGGGUGACCGAGAGUGCAGGUACUUACAGGGUGAAAUACACGAGGGCAUCGGCGAUCAUCGCAGGCAGACGCUCUUCUUCUGCGGCCACAGCGAGAAAUGCACUCCCUUCAAUACCGUGGGCGCCCUGGAGCGAGCUAAGCUGGCAGUGGAGAAGCACUAUGCAGUGGUGGGCGUUCUAGAAGACAUGAACACGACGCUCACGGUGCUGGAAAACUACAUCCCGCGAUUCUUCCGGGGAGCCACCGACGUUUACUAUGACCAGGUGAACUCGUUUAUGAGGAUCAAUCGGAACUUCUUCAAGCCGCCGGUCAGCGAAGAGGUGAAGAAUCUGGUACGCAACAAUUUCACCCGCGAAGUCGAGUUCUAUCAGUUUUGCAAGCAACGACUCUACAGGCAAUACAGAGCCCUCAAGUUAGGCUCUGCCGCCCCAUAGUUUUCAGCAGCAGUCCCUGCAGAAGAGGAUACCUUCGGUCCAUUAUCACGCGCGAGCGUGUUUAUCGAAGCGUAGGUGCGCGUGCCUCACGAAAGACAUUACGAAGAGAUACGUAUUUUGAUACGCGGUUUAAUUAGUAUUAAUGAAAUGAUAAAUUUACGGAGAAUAGCUGUUAAAAAGAUUAUAUGAUCCCACCAUAAUGACGGCGAAAGUCCCUUCGUUGAACGUUGGCGGAAACGCGAUGUUGAACAGAAGGAGAGAACGAUUGCAGUUUCCGCACGAUCGCCGCACGAUAAUCCAGUUUGAUGCAUUUGGGAAAAAUCUCGGAGGACAUACGUAGCUAGGACUAAUCAAAAGAACUAUAAAAUUAUUGUUGUAACAUACGCAAUAAUAUGUUUCAUGACGUGACAGACAAAGAGGAGGGCGAUCUGUUCGACAAUAAUCGUAACGUCCAAUUAGCGUGGAAUUUUCGUAGACUUUUUACGACGAGCGAAAAAACGAAACCUCGCCGCAUUGCUGAGAUGCAUUUGCCGUGUAUAUUUAAAGAGAAGAAACACAACUUGUGCAUUUAGCGAGAUGCGUGUGGAAGUGAAGAGGUGUUCACCGCGUUACAUCAAGCUUAUCGUCCACGCGCACGGAUGCAACGCGUGGUCCAGAAUUAGAGAUGCUCUCGAGACGAGCGCGGGACGGCGCUCCCCCGCGAUCGGACGUCACGUCGCUAUUUUUUGACAUCCGAUCGGCGCACGAUUUGUAUGCAUGAUCGCGAUUCACGGGAUGUUUCGCGACGACGCGACGCUCGCGAAGGAAAAACGUACAGAAUGACGGUAGCGCUUUGCAGGCAGGAAGAAACGUGAAAUGCAUGUUUGUACCUUCAUCGACCAUUGGUCGUUCGAAAUAAAACAGUGUCAUCUCGAAAAAAGUGGAACAUCAGCUCCAAUUAUCUCUGCAUCGAGUCGAUAUCAAGUAACGGAUCGUUGCACUUGAUCACCGAUCAAGUCAGUAUAUAAUCAGCCUACUGUAUAAUCAGAUCUACAUAAUCUGAUCCCGUUGACGAUAAACGAUUCACGGUACGAGUGAGCUACUGAGUAGACAUUGCGUCAAAAGUCUGUCUAUGUGGGCCGUUGAUUACCGCGUGAACGAGGCGUGAACGUGCCAAAUCGCAGCCCCAACCGCCGGCGUUCGGUGUUCACCAGAAGCCUCUGCAGUAUAACGUUACUUUUAUUUUGGGAAUCUCUCUCUAAAACGAGACGCGCAUAAACAAGCAUCACGCGACGUUUGCGCAUAAGUUUUACUUGACAAUUCUACCCGGCAUUUAUACCAUUCAGACGGAUAGAUCAGACGGAUCAACCGUUCAGCACAAUUUCCACAUCUUGUCCGCGAAAGGUCCAUGUGACGAAAGGGAAUGCAUGAAUUCGAUUGAAAUUGCACUUGCAGCAGAUAUCGUAUGCCUUUAUUGAGUCGAGUAUUGGGUCACAAACAUAUAAAAUCGGAUUGGCUGUCGAUCAACGCAUCGCACACUCGUGCUGUUACAUCACACCACACUCAUCAACGUCUCACCCUUGUCUCUUCUAACGCAACGUGGAACGGACAAUACUUACGUGUUCGUCACAUGUUGCGGAAGACUCUUGCCUUGCGCGGCUCGACUUACCCCCUGCGUACGUCUACAUAGAAAAAUAUACCAUGAUCCAAACUUACAACGCUAAUCGACGCUCGUCUCGGACGUGGAAACGUAAUUCUCCGAACACCCAAAUAAUUAGCCAGAUCUUUUCAGCAAGUGCAGUUCCCGUAAGUGCAGUUUAACUCGGAUGAGUGGAUUCAGAAACGUACGGCUGAGACGGAUGAUGCAUGGACGGUACCGACGUAUCGUUUCGUAACAGCGGAAACAUCCGGAUCUUCCGAUUAUUUUCUUCCGCGUUCGAGACCAGCGUCUUUUGUAAAGAUACGAAAUAAUUAUUAGGAUGGCGUACAGAGAUUGUACGAACGAAUAUUAGCGAAUAAUUCUACGAACAUUUCGGCCACACACCAAUCUCCAGAGUACACACACACACACACACACACACACACACUCUUUCUCUCUCUCCCUCUCUCUCUAGGCUUUUGCUGCUAAAAUUUAUUUUAUUGUACUGUAAACCACCUCCUCGAUCACAUGUGCGUCACGAUCGUUGAAUCGCUACUCUCUAGCGAUUCUAAUCUCACGAGCAGAACAGUUUGCUUCGCUCUUCAAAGAUCGACACAAGCCUUCAUCAAUGUUAAAAUGUAGGCCGUUUGAAGUAUCAAGUCAAAAAAUUAGUAAUUAAAAAUUAAUAGUCGUUGGUUGAAGAUUGUUAUAUAAUUGGCCGUGCGUUAACAACCAAUUGUGGAAGAACGGCAUUAAUCAACAUGAUUCUAUUGUAUGCAUAUCGAACAUAUCGUUUGCUUCUGCAGAAUAUUUUAAUAUAUACAAAACAUGCGAUACAGAGCAGCGAAUUCAUCAACCCGAGAUUUGGAGGAAGAAGAGCGGAGUCGCACGUACGAAUGUACAACGUACUCUUCUGCUUCCAAGUCGUGAAAAAAACGCUUGCUCUCGACUACGAGAAGUACUAUAUAUCUUGGAUUGACACGAAGGAAAAGAUGAUGACGAUUAUCUUUUCGCUCACGCAUCAAUACCCGUCGAUUUUUAUCCCUCGUAAAACAAUUUAAAAAAGAAAAACAAAAUAAAAGAACUCGGUUAAGGUGC